AUGCCACCCCCCACAGCAAUAAUCACAGGCGCCAGCAGCGGCAUCGGCCUCGCCCUAACCAAACACCUCCUCUCAAGAAACUGGAACGUGAUCAUGGCCGACGUGAACCCACCCCAGGAGAAGCUCGACAAAACCCUCUUCAUCGAAACCGACAUCUCCUCCUGGGAUCAGCAAGCGUCCAUGUUCAAGCGGGCGUAUGAGUGGAAUGAGAGGCUGGAUUUCGUGGCGUUGAAUGCGGGCAUUGAUGAUCGGGAUGAUGUGUUUCAUUCGAUUUCGGGCGAUCCUAAGAAACCGCCGAGACGGCCGGGUAUGAAGACUAUAGAUGUCAAUUUGACGGGGACUUACUACGGAAUCAAACUCGCCGCCCACUACCUCUCCCUCCCCAGCAGCACAGCAACCAAACCCCAACCCGGCGGCAAAAUCGUCCUAACCUCCUCCGCCGCAGGCCUCUACCCGCAGCCCGUAAUCCCCCAAUACGCCGCGAGCAAACACGCCCUCGUGGGCCUCGUCCGCUCCAUGGCGUCCGUGGCCAAACCACACAACAUAACCAUUAAUGCAGUCUGCCCAACCCUAGUCCGCACCUCCCUCCCGCCCCCCGGCCUGCUAGAAACCUUCCCUCCAGACAAAAUCACCCCCAUGCGCACGAUCCUGCGGGCUUUUGACGAACUCGCGGAGUUGGAGAGGGAGGAAUGGAGAGGUGGUGGAGGGGAGUCUGGAGGAGUUGAUUUUUCAUGA